AUGCCGAGUCAUUCUAAAUCAGAUGCGUCAGACAAAGUCAACGACGUUCUGCGCACGCCCAUCGAAAAUCAUUCUCUGACAGCUAUACUGCCAAUUCUUUCACUCUCUUUUGAAGGUCUCGAAAUUUUGUUGUCUCCGUUUCUCGUUCCUUCCGACACCAUUCGAGAAGUCAUUUUGAUCUGCCCACAAACAAUCCUUUCAGAUGCGCGACGGGUACUCAAGAAGAUCCUGUCAUACAGUGACAUCGUUGACCACCCCAAUCUCUUAUUGCUACCUUAUACAAGCUCUUCGUUCUACAACAGUACACUUACAAGUGCCGUGUUUCGAGUUAGAACGGAAUGGGUUCUCGUUCUCGACCACCAUGGUUUGCAAGGCCUCAGCAGUGGACAACAAACUUAUUUGCUCAAUCCACUAUCCAUUUCCCUACCAGUCGGACCUAAUGGCUUCCUCCGAUUUCUUGCCAAUUCUAGUCGUAUACUUGCAAUUAACAAUCUAGAGCCUGCCGAAUAUCUCAUCCCUCCCUUCGUGGCACCGACCCACCUAUUCCCUCGCACUUUUUCGCAUCUCGCCGAUUCUGAUCCAUGGCUUGCUUUUGGCGUGCACGUUGCGAAGACUCAUCUCGAGAUGAUAGGAGGAUUGGUUCUUCCAUCUGACAUCAGCAACCUCAAUUGUUGCGAGCAAAUUUCUCGCCUUCCAUCCCUCGAAAUGACUCGGAUAGAGCACAACCGGACAGGUAUUCUAUCAGCGGACAACGACGGUCGCACGCAAAAAUCAGCUUCGGGUCGUUUCGUUCUGGUCGUUCCUCAUUUAGAAGAUCUCCAUGCUUUCAUGCCUGUUGUCUGCAGACUCCAGUCCAUUGGUCAUAUUGUAUCGGUCUUACUGUACCAGGCAUCAUCGAGCGAUACCAUGCAUUGUUCUUUUGAGGACUGUGCUCUUCAGUGCUCGACGCUUUCUCACACCGCUCCGACCUUCCAUAAUUGGCUAGAUUCUCUGGAUGCCUCGCCUGAUGUUGUCUUCGCUUUGGAUGUUCAAGAUUUUCUGUCUGUCACACUUACGAUGGUUCUUCUACACGAGCCCUACCGUAAAACCACGUUAAUUAGAUUGCCUCGAGCUGACAUACCACACUCCGAUUGGAUCGGUUCACUCAGCCUUCUUGAACUUCGCAAUUGGAACGUACCCGAAAUCACCAUUAGCGUCAUAACUGAUCAUAGACCUCACUCUUUGCAACGGUUGCUGACGUCCUUGACCCGUGCUCGGUACUUUGGAGAAAGAAUCGGACUCCGUAUCAAUCUGGAGCAAACUGCCGAUCUCGACACCUUGAGAGUUGUACAAGAUUUCGAAUGGCCUCAUGGCGAUGUCUUUAUCCACCAUAGGGUCAUCCAUGGCGGUCUCCUCCCUGCUGUCGUCGAGUCAUGGUACCCAAAUUCCAACGAUUCUUAUGGCUUGCUUCUCGAGGAUGACAUCGAGGUGUCUCCCUUGUUCUUUGCAUGGAUCAAGAUGACUAUCUUGCGAUACCGGUAUGGUGGACCCGAAAACAUCUCACCGUCCGUGUUUGGUAUCAGUCUUUACCAGCAAAAAAUGAUCGAGCUCAGACCAGAAGGCCGGAGAUCCUUCGACGCUAGGGCGCUUUUCACCACCGAUGGCAUCUUGAACCCUAGCACCCCAUACCUGUCCCAGAUACCCUGCAGUUGGGGCGCGGUCUACUUCCCACAACACUGGCGCGAGUUCCAUGACUACCUCUCCAUCCGCCUCUCCGAGUACUCCAUGAAAAUACACGAGAACGUCGUUCCCGACAUCCGCUCCAACAAGUGGGUCAAGUCAUGGAAGAAAUACUUCAUCGAGCUCGUCUAUCUUCGUGGCUAUGUUAUGCUCUAUCCAAACUACGCCAACUUCACAUCACUGUCGAUAAAUCACCUCGAGAUUGGCUCGCAUGUCAAGGACCAGCCAGCGGAAGAAUACCUCCGCAAGAAAGCGUUGUUCAUGCUUCCCUUGAUGCCGUUGACUAAUGCCUCGGUGCCACUUCACCCCGGCCUGCUUGACUUGCCAGAGCAGAAACUCCCCUCCUUAUCUUCCUUGCCCGUUCUAGAUUUCAUGGGAAAGCUUUCUUCGACAUCAGACCUGUUGGAACGAGGCACCAAGCGUCGGACGGAGCUUACUGGCUGCAGUGCUACGAUCUCUUUGACCUACAACGCUCGUGAGUUGAUGUGUCUUCAGGAGUUCACCUAG